CAGUCAAGUACAGUCCUUGUUUACUUGCGGAGCACACAGAAACUGUACGUGUACUUUAGCUUCUGACCAUGGCUUUAUUACAGAUCACGUAAAUCAUGAAGAAUAAGAUUGAGGAAGAUUGAUGAAUAAGUUUUAUUUCUGACUGACAUGUGAUCAUCAACGCUGCACUUGAACUGCUUCGUUAUUUAAACCAUGUUCCUGAACUCCAAGCGACAAUGUUUUGGCUCCUUUUGUGCAUUUUGGAUGUUCUUGUGGCCUCAUUUGAGGUGACUGUCCCUAAUAAACAUCUGCUGGCAAUCCGAGGUCGUCCAGCUGUACUUGGCUGUGAGUUCACACCUGAUCCUGACCUCUCCAACUUGGUUGUUACCUGGCAACGACAGGAGGAUGCACGGGUUGUCCACAGUUUCUAUUAUCAACAGGACCAAUUGGACCGACAGAGUCCAGAAUACCACAAUCGGACCUCAUUGUAUGUUUUAGAGCUUCAUAAAGGAAAUGCCUCUCUAAGAAUUGCAGCAGUUAGACCCAAGGAUGCAGGCUGGUACAUGUGCAUAGUGAGCAACGCAAAGGGAACAGGAAGAGCCUUGAUGGAAGUAACCUAUGAAGCCUCAUUUGAGGUGACUGUCCCUAAUAAACAUCUGCUGGCAAUCCGAGGUCGUCCAGCUGUACUUGGCUGUGAGUUCACACCUGAUCCUGACCUCUCCAACUUGGUUGUUACCUGGCAACGACAGGAGGAUGCACGGGUUGUCCACAGUUUCUAUUAUCAACAGGACCAAUUGGACCGACAGAGUCUAAAAUACCACAAUCGGACCUCAUUGUAUGUUUCAGAGCUUCAUAAAGGAAAUGCCUCUCUAAGAAUUGCAGCAGUUAGACCGAAAGAUGCAGGUUGGUACAUGUGCAUAGUGAGCAAUACAAAGGGAACAGGAAGAGCCUUGAUGCAAGUGACCUAUGGAGCUCUUUACUCUGAGCCCAGGUUAAGCAUCCAUGUAAACUCCUCUGCUUUGAAAGUGCAGUUUGAGACAGAAGGUUUUCCCAAACCUGAGGUGAUCUGGCUGGGGGAACAUGACCAGAACCUCAGUUAUCACCUGGAGAUCCACGGCCAGACAGAAGAUGGACUUUAUUUCAUAAAGAGCAUCUGUGAGGCCCAGAAGCCAGUGAUUAAUAUCACAUUUACACUAAAGAACCACCUCCUGAACCAGAACCUGCAGAGACCAGUGGUUCUCAGCUAUGAUGAGGACACCACAGACCAUAUGAUCAUAGUACUUGCUGUCCUCUCAGUGGUUUGCAUUCUUCUGGUUAUUGUCAUCAUUUGGUUAGCAGUGCAGAAGCAGAACAAGCAGAGAUCUUCCCUGUGAUGAACCAUGAGAGUUAAUGAAUGGUGAUGUAGCUGUUUCCAAAUGCAUGCAUGCUUCCACUUGUGCUAAACAUUACUGGCAUUCAUGAAAUGCAAACAGAGCACAUGUUCAUUAAACUGUUCUUGUGUAAACUGAAAAUAAUUGCAAAAUGCGCUAAUUUUACGCAAGAAUGGAUUUCUAAAUAAUUUACACAGAUGUCAACAAAUGUCAGAGACCGUAAGUGGGAGUCAUAUGGGUGUGUGCAAAAAGUAAUUUCUCAAUCUUUUUGCAGCUUAUUUAUGUAUUGACCGUUGUGCAGUUUUAAAACAUUUUAUACAUUUUUUAAUAAUAUUUUAUAUGGAAUUUAUUUUAAAUAUAACAAUACCACCAUGGAUGUUUAUUCUCACAUUUUUAAUUGUCAAUGAAAUAUUUCAUAUUUGAACUACUGCAGAACAUAAUCCUGUACUGUACAAGGUAAAAUUACUUCUUGUACAUACCUUGACAUAAGUAAUACACUGAACAUCUGCAUGUUUAAGUUUGUAAUGGAUCUCUUAAGCCGUAAUAGAACUAUGGAGACAAUCAGGUGAAUGAAUGAAUGAAUGAUGCAUUUAUAUAGCGCUCUAUUGUGUAUUGCUGUACACCCAAAGCGCUUUACAAUCAUGUGGGGGGAGGGGGGGUGUCUCUCCUCAACCACCACUAGUGUGCAGAAUCCACCUGGGUGAUGCGACGGCAGCCACAGUACAACGGCGCCAGUGCGCUCACCACACUCCAGCUACAG